GAGGGGGCCGUGCUCCCGGCCGGCCGCCGCCCGCUGCCCUCCCUGUCCUCCCGCCGCAGGAAGGCCGAGUCCGAGGGGGCGCCCGUCAAGCCGUUCGCCCCGCACGCGGAGGUGCCCGGGCCUCGGGCCGGCAGCGCCCUCGGAGACGACGCCGAGGACGACACGUGGGCCUGCGGCGCGGUGGGGAUUUUAAGGAAACAGAGGAGCAAAAUGGGGAGAAGAAAUGGUGAGAACAGUGGUACCAACCCGCGUGCAACCAACAUCUCCCAUGAGAACUUGUCUCAUUGGAAUUUGGAUUCAGAAGUACCUGCUCCUGAAAAUAAAAAUCUCCCACCUGGAAAGGACAGUGCAGCAGGGAGCCAUUUGGAAAUACCAAUAGAGCAACUGGUGCUAGACCUAAAUUUGUCAGAACAUGCUCACAAAAGAACACAGAAUAGUAAACAAGGGAUAUUUCAGUUGUGGAGUUAUCCUUUUAACGAAGGAAGUACCAUGGAGAACAGGGAUUUCAAGAAGUCUGCAGUGGAAACUGGCUUUAACGUAACCAAUAACCCCAUGAGGCUCUUCACACUGAACCACUCACUGACUACUGCUUCAGUAGAUAAGCAAGUUGGUUCUUACCCUGGCCUACAGGUGCCAUCGGGCCUCUGCUGGCCCUAUGCUGAUGGAGACUUUUUUAAGGACAGAAAUGAGCCUUAUAUUAAUUUAUGUUCAGCUGUGGAAAACAAUAAUGGUGAAACUUUAUCUGCCCCAAAUUGGAGUUUGAAAUACGGAAACAGCAGUAUGGAAGAAAACUUAACAGAUGAAAGUGAUUUAUCAGAAAGUGAAAAAGCAAAUGAUAGUUUGCUCAGCUAUUUUAAAAAGAUGGAUCUGAACUUAAAGCCAGAAACAAUAGAAAACGUUGAGGAAUCUUUCACAGAGGAACCAACUGAAGUAUUUCCAUAUCCUGAUUUUCUCCCUUCUCCUUUCAAUAGUCUGGACUUGCACAAAUUAACCCUCUCAAAAUCUGAAAAUUGGAAAGCAUCGGUGGAACCUCCAGAAAGCUCUGUUGAACGUUUGAUAACCCGUUUACUGGAAAUGGAAAGAUUACAACACACAACUAUACAAAAAGAAAGGCCCAGACUACAAACUACUGUCUGUGCUCCAGCAACUACUGAACGACCCUUUUCCUCCAAAGCUGUCCCCAAAAUGAGACAGCCAAAACUUUCAGACUCUCUGAGUCUUCAGACAACUUGUGUAGAUAAAAGUCGCGAAAAAAGAAAAAGCAGUUCUGGGUCUUGCAAACUUGAACAAAAUGCUUCAAAAUGGAAUUGGAGCAAUGCUGGCAACACAUGCAAAUGGACUUCUAGACCACCACCUCUAAAAAGUUCAUCCACCACCAAACAGUUGAUUCCAACUUGUGAUGACAUUAGGAAUCUCAAAAGCUCCAUUAUAAAUCCAUGCCAAGAACUCUCAGCCAAGCCCACUAGUUCCCAAACAACUCAAUCGUUGGUUAAAAUGGUCUCAACAAGAUGUCUGCCACCAAGGUCUCCAAUACCAGUUUCGCCUAUACCUCUGUCUUUUCCCGAAAAUCAGAGAGAAGACAAUAAGGCACCAAGGACCAAAAAGAAACCUUAUCAGAAAAACAUAGAAUUGAACAAACCAUUCUAUAUUCAGAAGUUAAACUGUUUAUCACCUUUCUUUGUAGGCAAGGACAAGUGUUCACCCAUUGAUCAAAAGUAACUUUUCUAUAUCUCAAUGUGAGCAAAUCUAUUGCCAAGAAGCUUGGCUAAAAAAUACGGUUCAUCAUGCCGAGAUACAG